AUGGCACAAACCACCGGCUCGCAUCAGGACCUUUCCGACGAAGACGCCGGAAAGAUUGAGCAACAUUCCGGCUCGUUAUCUACAGUUUCACUCGAAAACGAGGCGCUGGUGCAAUCGUUGGCCGCCACCGAAUCAUUCCUGCCUGCCCCAAUCGACAUCAACGUAGCCCGAGCCCAGCAGGUCAAUCUACCACCGUUGCAGUGGCUGCACUACGAGGAACCACCGGUCAGCAUAAAGCUGGCAAACACGGGCGAAACGGUCAUUCUGAGUGCCCGGUGGGAUGGUCCGGAUCGUCCUACCAUCACCGGUGGUUCGCUCACCGGUCGGUACGUCUUCUCGCAGCUUCAUUUCCACUGGAGUGACACGGCACUCGAAGGCAGCGAACACACGGUUGACGGUGCGCACCUUCCGCUCGAGCUGCACGUCAUCCACUAUGACGAUCGGUACGGCAGCCAGGACGAGGCACAGCCAUUCCCCGGGGGCAUCCUAUGUCUCGUUUACUUUUUCGUGCUCAAAUCACGCACGAACCAUUUCAUCACGCCUCUGAUUGAUGCGUUGGCAUCGCUUGUCCUACCCGAUUCGCACACCAAACUGGAACCGUUUCCGUUGAUCGAACUGUUCCAUCCAUUCACGGACGAGUACUUCCUGUACUGGGGUAGCAUCGGUGAGGCUGCUGGUACCGGUGCUCGGACACCGAUUUUGUGGAUGCUCUCCCGUGCACAGGAGUCGAUCAAGUUUCAGCAACUGAAGCAGUUCAACCGACUGCUCGAUAGGCGAAUGCGACGGCCACGGGACCAACCGAAACCACCGUUACCAUCGGCUGCACCGGAUGGUAGACAUCUGUUUCAUGUGAACCCCCGCACACCGAUGGCCGUGGCGACGUUGGCGAUUGAACCACCGGAAAAGUACGGCCGCUCACGGGCACGCUGGCUCGUCGAUCGGUUGGUGCUCGAUUGGAGCACCCCGGAUGCGUGUCGGCGCUAUGUGCAGGCUAUGCGCGAAGAGUUGGCCAAGAAGCACGAGCAAGAGGUCAGUGAAAAUGAUGCUGCCUAG